GGGAAGUGACAGCUGCACGACCAGCAUGGAAGGAAACUGCAAGGGCAGGAAGAGAGAGCCCGAGGGGCCCCUGGACUGUGCCAAUCUAGAAUUUGAGUAUGACGACACCGACCGUGUCUUGGCAGAGCUUGCAGAGCUUUAUAGUUAUACUGAAGAACCUGAACUAAGAGUGAACCAAAAAUGCUUUGAAGAAGAAUUUAGAACUCAAGUGAAGGAGACCAGAUGGACAUCCCUGGACUUACCAAAGCAAAGAGCUUACAUCAUGCGCUUGCUGGAUGAACUGGAGGUGGUCAGUAGGGACAGGCGACUGCUGGCAGCCAGGGCCAUUCUGUACCUGGCACAGGGUGUGUUUGGGGAAUGUGACAGCGAUGAGGAUGUUAUACGUUGGUCCCGGUAUAACUGCUUUCUGCUGCACCGGAUGGGCACAUUUGCUGCAUUCCUGGAACUGUUGAAUAUGGAGAUUGCGAAUAGCCAUGCAUGUAGCAGCGCUCUAAGGAAGCCGGCUUUGUCUUUAGCUGACAGUACUGAGCUCAGGGUGGUGCUGAGCGUUAUGUAUCUGCUGGUUGAAAACAUUCGUCAGGAGCUGAAAACCGAUGAACCUGAAUGGAACUCCCAGAGGGAGACAUUCCGGGCAGAGCUAGCGUUUCCCGUCCAUGGAGAGGAACCAUUUGCUCAUCUUCUACUCACAAUGGUGACUAAGUUCUGCAGUGGUCACUCUCCCCACUUUCCAAUGAAGAAAGUCCUCUUGUUGCUGUGGAAAGUGCUCUUGUUCACUCUUGGGGGUUUCUCAGAGCUCCAGAGGAUGAAAGAGCAGAAGAGAUCCCAGCUAGAUCUCCCACCUCUUCCUGAAGACAGCAUUCAGGUGAUGAAAAAUAUGAAAGCUACUUCCCCUCCAUCCUAUGGUAUAGAAUUGGGGGAGCAGCAGAAGCGUGGCCGGCGAAGUCGAAGGGACAGCCUGGAUCUUUACAAUGAGAAGGACCCCUUUAAAAGUGAGGAGACGCCAGGUCCUGAAGAUGAUGAAACUGAGGACACUGAAAACAUAAUGGAUACAGAGUCAGAUGUGCAGGAGAGGGAUAUAAUUCCACAACCCCUCAUAAGCCUAAGAAAUAAUGCAGACAGAGUUAGUUUCCCUAGGGGCCUUCCUUGGGCACCUAAAGUCAGGGAGAAAGACAUUGAACAUUUUUUAGAGAUGAGUCGUAACAAGUUCAUUGGGUUCACACUUGGGCAUGACACAGAUACAUUGGUUGGAUUACCUCGUCCUAUCCAUGAAAGUGUGAAGACCUUAAAACAGCACAAAUAUGUUUCAAUUGCUGAUAUCCAGAUUAAGAAGGAGACAGAGCUGCAGCAGUGUCCCAUGUCUCUGGGGGAAGAGGACGUAGAGGAAACCCCAUGUGAGUGUCUAUACAGAGCAAUGCUGUUCAACAUACCUCAGUACGUGAUUGCCCUGCUGAAGAUUCUCCUUGCUGCCGCUCCCACCUCUAAGGCCAAGACAGACUCCAUUAAUAUUCUGGCUGAUAUCCUGCCCGAGGAAAUGCCGAUCACAGUGUUGCAGAGCAUGAAGCUGGGAAUUGAUGUAAAUCGUCACAAGGAGAUAAUUGUGAAGAGUGUCUCUGCCAUUCUUUUGCUGAUGCUGAAACAUUUAAAGUUAAACCACAUCUAUCAGUUUGAAUAUGUGUCUCAGCAUCUGGUUUUUGCAAACUGCAUCCCUCUGAUCCUGAAAUUCUUCAAUCAGAAUGUAAUGUCCUAUAUCUGUGCCAAGAACAGUAUCUCCGCUCUGGACUUCCCAUCAUGUGUUAUCAAUGAGCUGCCAGAACUAACCGCGGAGAGCUUGGAAACAGGUGACAAUAACCAAUUCUGCUGGAGAAACCUGUUCUCCUGCAUUAAUCUACUGAGAAUCUUAAACAAACUGACCAAGUGGAAACAUUCACGCACUAUGAUGCUGGUGGUAUUUAAAUCGGCCCCCAUAUUGAAACGUGCCCUGAAAGUCAGGCAGGCCAUGAUGCAGCUGUAUGUGCUAAGGUUGCUUAAGCCACAAACCAAAUAUCUGGGAAGGCAAUGGAGGAAAAGCAACAUGAAGACUAUGUCUGCAAUCUAUCAGAUGGUGCGACACCGGAUAAAUGAUGACUGGGCCUACGGCAAUGAUCUUGAUGCUAGACCAUGGGACUUCCAGGCUGAGGAAUGCACUUUGCGAGCCAACAUUGAAAGCUUCAAUAGCCGGAGAUACGAGAAGAACCCAGGCUGGGAUUUUGCUCCAGUAGAUAACUGUUUACAGAGUGUCGUGGGACAAAAUUUGGAGCUUCCAGAGGAUUUUCAUUAUACGUAUGAGCUCUGGUUGGAAAGAGAAGUGUUCUCCAAACCCAUCCACUGGGAGGAGCUUCUGCAGUAUUCUUGACAACCGGUUGAGUAAAGUGAUCGUGAUGGCAAGCUGUCUGGUCAACCAGGGCAGACAGGCAUCAAGGAAAACACUUGCUAAAUGUCUGUCCCUAGACAGGCUUAUUGAACUUUCUAUAUCUGUAUCAGAGAUCCAGAAAUCCAGACCAUUGUGCCCAUAGACUACCAAUGAUACUACUUUAUUACAAUAUAUGUAGCAAAAUGCAGCCA